CGAAGGGAGCCAAAUAGAAAGAAAAGCGUGCUCUUUUUUCAUCCUCUCGUGUGUGCGCGUGCGCCCCCUCCCUCCCCAACCUCGCGAUCCCAAUUCGAUCUGCUCGCCUGCCCCCCGAUCCGACCCGCCCACCCGGCCGCCCAAUUCGGCCGCCGCCGCCCGGACUCGCGUGGACCCGUCCGCGGAUUCGCGCUCCCCGGCGCCACAAACUCUAGAUCCGCCGACGCAGUCACCUCCCACGCCGCCGCCAUGUUCUGGCGCAUGACCGGCCUCUCCGCGGCCUCGCCCGUGGAUACGAUUCUGGACAAAGAAAAUUUUACACUGGAGGAGCUUCUUGAUGAGGAUGAAAUUAUCCAGGAGUGCAAAGCACUGAAUUCGCGACUCAUAAACUUCUUGCGUGACAAGGCCCAGGUGGAACAAUUGCUUCGUUAUGUUGUGGAAGAAGUUCCAGAGGAUGCCGAAAAAAAGCGCUCUUUUAAGUUCCCUUUUAUUGCUUGCGAAAUAUUUACUUGCGAAAUUGACGUCAUUUUGAGGACCCUAGUAGAGGAUGAAGAGCUAAUGGACCUGCUUUUCUCAUUUGUGAAACCUGAUCAUCCGCAUAGCACAUUAUUAUCUGGUUACUUCAGUAAGGUGGUAAUAUGUUUGAUGCUGCGGAAGACUGCCCCUCUUAUGAGUUAUGUUCAGGGGCAUCCAAAGAUAGUUGUCCAGCUUGUUGACCUGAUUGGCAUCACAUCGAUAAUGGAGGUGCUGAUACGACUGAUUGGCGCUGAUGAGACCAUAUAUUCAAACUAUGGUGAUACAUUGCAGUGGUUAGAAAACACAAAUGUCCUUGAAAUGAUUGCAGAUAAGUUUAGCUCAUCGGAUUCUCCUGAGGUGCAUGCCAAUGCUGCGGAAAUUCUCUGUGCUGUGACUCGAUGUGCACCUCCGUCUCUUGCUGCCAAGAUAUGCAGCCCAAGUUUUGUUGGGAGGUUGUUCCGACACGCUCUUGAAGAAUCAAGACCCAAAUCUGUUCUGGUUCAUUCAUUGUCAGUUUGCAUAUCUUUGUUGGAUCCAAAAAGACUCGCAUCGGCUUCCUAUCAAGCAUUCAGAAGCAACUUAAGUCACGGGGCCUUGGUCACUGCCAGUCCAGAGACAGUUGAUGGUAUGCUUGAAAGUCUAGGCAACUUGCUGAAGUUAUUGGACAUUUCUGCUGCUGAAAACGUUUUGCCUACAACUUAUGGAUGUUUACGCCCACCUCUUGGAAAACAUCGUCUGAAGAUUGUAGAGUUCAUUUCUGUGUUGUUGACAAUUGGUAGUGAAACUUCUGAAAAAGAGCUAGUAAGGCAAUCAGCAAUAAAAUGCUCCAUUGAUUUGUUCUUCAAGUACCCAUAUAACAAUUUUUUGCAUCAUCAUGUUGAGAAUAUCAUUGUUUCUUGCCUGGAGGGUAAAAGAAUUGAACUAAUUGAGCAUGUUCUUAAUGAAUGUGACAUUGUUGGUAAGAUUCUUGCUGCGGAAAGAGCUUCUUCUUUGUCAACAGAGUCUAAUGGGCCUACUGUGCCCUCGGAAGAAAAAACUCCUCCAAGAAUUGGCAAUGUUGGUCACAUGACAAGAAUAGCUAAUAAGCUUAUUCAGCUAGGAAACAGUAACAACACAAUCCAGACUCACUUGCAGGAAAAUAGCGAGUGGGUUGAAUGGCAAUCGAAUGUGCUGGUCAAGCGCAAUGAGGUGGAGAAUGUUUACCAUUGGGCUUGUGGGCGCCCAACAUCACUGCAUGACCGUGGUAGGGAUAGUGACGACGACGACUUCAGAGACAGGGAUUACGAUGUGGCAGCUCUUGCUAAUAACUUGAGCCAGGCAUUCCGAUAUGGGAUAUACAGCAAUGAUGACAUUGAAGAGGCACAAGGAUCACUUGAACGGGACGAUGAGGAUGUGUAUUUCGAUGACGAGUCAGCUGAGGUGGUAAUAUCUUCCCUACGUCUGGGAGAUGACCAGGAAGGAUCCCUCUUUACAAAUUCAAAUUGGUUCACAUUUGAUGGAGAGAGAAGCAUCAAUGACCGUUUAGCUGCCUCUGUUCCUUCAUCAUCACCUAAUUCUGAGGAGACUUCUCUAGAAACUGAGGAAACUGAUGAUGGUAAAACCAUUGGCGCUGAGGAUCAAAUGGAAACAGUGUGUCUUGGAAAUGGCCCUAUUGAGGAGGCAAAAGAUGUAGCGGAAUGUACUGAACAGACAAAUUGUAGUACUGAGGAUGAGCAAUCAGAAGAUACAGAGGGGUUGGAACGGCGUCCAGAUGUUUUGAGUGGUGAUACUGAAGUAGGUACAGAUGAAGCUGCCUUUGCAGCAGCAGAAUCUUCAGCCCCAUCAGUUGAGACAGAGGCAGAGAGCGCUGCCUUCGCAGCAGCAGAGUCUUCAGUCCCAUCAGUUGAGACAGAGGCAGAGAGAACAAUAGAGGAACCGACAGCCUCAUCUGAUUUGGACAACUCGGUCUCUGAAGCCUCGCCAGACCCUGGUGUUAAUGGCAGUACGCCCACUAACUCGGAAGUGUCUUCUGAGCAAGUCACCCUUGACACUGAUGCCCAGCAACCAUUAAAGGAAGUUCCUGCUGAGGAUGUUGAUGCAACGAAAACUGAUGCAGUUAAAGCAAACGAGUGAAGUAGUAACAUGUCUGAUGGACUGAGCUGACCAGAGCAAUUAUUUGUCAGAUCCCACUGUAGACAAGCAAUCAUCUUGCUUCAUGUGGUCAGCAGCCACGGAACACUCUGAAGCAAACUGCUGUGCAAUAAGCAAGUGUAUUAUUCUGCCAUCCACUGUGGCCUAUCACUGUACAAAUGAGCACCAUUGGCCUUACGCACGCUCUCGUCUGAAACUGUCAAUUUUCUUUGAGAUUUACACCCCAGUUCAUGUGCUUUGGUGGCAGUCUUCAAUUCUUCAUGGAAUGGUAUAUGAUACCUGAGAGCAUUCUUUGGGUGGCAACUGGUUUUGGCUAUGCAGUCUUCUCUUUCUUUAGGUUAACUUUGGAACUGUAAUAUGAGAUGCGAUAGUAUUUCUAGUUUAGCAAUUGUAAUUUUUUUGUGGACUCGACAUGCGUCAGUUCAACUUGAACAUGUUCAUUUGAUAAAGAUCCCUGUUUUGUAUUCAA